AUGCCUUCAAUCGCCGCUGAGGUCACCAAGACCGCGAGAAACGUAGACACCGUGGUUGUGGACUACGCCACUGGCUACAUUCGACAUCUUGAGAACAACAUCGGUCCCCAGCAUGACCUGACAGCUGAGGCCUCUUUCAUCGCCUCUCUGCUUGUUGGAGCUGGUGUUGAGAAGCCUGCUGCUCAGCAGCUCUACGACCACAUGCUCAAGGAGUUUACUGUUCUUCAGAAGGAGGCCAUCAAUGAGGCCGGCGCUUCUGCCCAGUCCCAGAUCAUCGAUCAGCAGGCUCUCAUGUCUGCCGUUAACCACGCCUCCAACCGACAGGCCAGUGUGCUCAACAACAACAUCUUUGGUGUUGCUGAUCUGGAUCACGUUGGCGGCCGAAAGGUCGAGUCUCGAGUUGACAAGAAGAAGCUCGAGAAGGCUGAGAAGAAGAUUGCCGCUAAGAUGGCUGCUCGAGCUGCCAAGGACGCUGCCCAAGUCCAGUAUGAGGCCUCCAAGCUUGUCACUGAGACCCAGGACAGCAAGGACUACGACGAGUUCUUCCUCACAGUUAACCCUCUGGAUCUGGGUAUGGCUGGUGCCGGUAAGACCAAGGAUAUCAAGAUCGACAACUUUGAUCUGCACGUCGGUAUGGGUCAGCGAAUCCUGUCCGAUACCUCUCUUACUUUGUCUUACGGUCGACGAUACGGUCUGGUCGGUCAGAACGGUAUUGGUAAGUCUACUCUUCUGCGAGCUCUUUCUCGACGAGAGCUUCCCGUCCCCAAGCACAUUACUAUUCUCCACGUCGAGCAGGAAAUCACUGGAGACGAGACUUCUGCAAUCCAGUCCGUUCUGGACGCCGAUGUGUGGCGAAAGCAUCUGCUCAAGGAGCAGCACACUGCCGUCACUCGAAUCGCAGAGAUUGAGGCCCAACGAAAGACCCUCACUGAGCAGGGUCUGGACGACAACAGUGCUGAGAUCCGAGAGCUCGAUGACGAGCAGGUCGACCUGGAGACCAACCUCGAGGAGGUCGAGACCAAGCUGGUCGACAUCGAGUCCGAUAAGGCCGAGUCUCGAGCUGCUGCCAUUCUGUCAGGUCUUGGUUUCUCCCAGGCCACCCAAGGAAAUCCCACAAACUCCUUCUCCGGUGGAUGGAGAAUGCGUCUGGCUCUUGCUCGAGCUCUGUUCUGUAAGCCUGACUUGCUGCUACUUGAUGAGCCUUCCAAUAUGUUGGAUGUUCCCUCGAUCACCUACCUUGCCAACUACCUCCAGACCUACCCCUCCACUGUUCUUGUUGUUUCCCAUGACCGAGCCUUCCUUAACGAAGUCGCCACCGAUAUCAUCUACCAGCACUCCGAGCGACUCGACUACUAUCGAAACGCCAACUUUGACGCCUUCUAUGCCACUAAGGAGGAGCGAUACAAGAAUGCUAUCCGAGAGUACGAGAACCAGAUGGCUUACAGACAGCAUCUGCAGGCCUUCAUUGACAAAUUCAGAUACAACGCGGCCAAGUCCUCAGAAGCCCAGUCACGAAUCAAGAAGCUCGAGAAGUUGCCCAUUCUGGAGCUGCCCGAGGAGGAUAAGGCUGUGGAGUUCCGAUUUUCUGAGCCCGAAAAAAUCUCGCCUCCCAUUCUACAGAUGCAGGGCGUCACCUUCGGUUACAACCCUGAGCGACUUUUGCUCAAGGACGUUGAUCUCGAUAUCCAAAUGGACUCCCGAAUCGCUCUUGUCGGUGCUAAUGGUUGCGGUAAGACUACCCUGCUGAAGCUUCUGACUGACCAGCUGAGCCCUGUUGACGGAUCCAUCUCUAAGCACCCUCGUCUGAGAGUUGGCUACUUCGCCCAGCACCACGUUGACGGUAUGGACCUCAACCUGACUCCCACCGCUUGGCUCGCCAAGAUCAACCCCGGCAAGUCCGAGGAGGAGUACCGACGACAUCUCGGUUCUUUUGGUAUUACUGGUUCCAUCGGUCUCCAGAAGCUCGCUCUGCUUUCUGGAGGUCAGAAGUCUCGUGUUGCAUUCGCCUCUCUCUGUGUUUCUUACCCCCAUAUCCUCAUUCUUGAUGAGCCUUCUAACCAUCUUGAUACUGCAGGUCUUGACGCUCUGGCUGACGGUCUCAAGAAUUUCAAGGGAGGUAUCCUCAUGGUUUCACAUGACGUUGACAUGAUCAACCGAGUCUGCAACCAGAUCUGGGUCUCCGAGAAGGGAACCGUCUCAAAGUUUGACGGAACCAUCAAGGACUACAAGAAGUACAUUCUUUCUCACGCAAGUGAGAGUGGUGUCGUCCAGCAGCACUAA